AUGCAACGGCAGCAACCUGCAGUCGUCUCUAUCUUUCAUAGAUACCCACCAGGAACCAACCGCCGAAUUCAACACUGGAAAACUAGCACCGCGAUCCCGACCUCCCUUUCUCUUCCUUCUUCAAUCUCCCUCCUCCCUCCUCAUCCCGCCAUGGAAAUGAGUUCCAAGCGCAAACACAGCAGCGGGCCUAUCUCCCUCCGCUCCACCAAACACCUCCGCUCGGACACCGCCGCCUCCCCGCAACCAUUAACCCCAGAUGACCAAACGUUGGGCGAAGAGGCAGUUUAUGUCCUCGAUAACGAAGACGAGGAUCUCUCCCAUGUGCUUCCCCUUGCCCCUGCCGCUGCUGCGCAGACAGACUCGCCAGAAUGGCAGGCUACCAUCGAGACGGUAGUGAAGAGCGUUGUCUCUAUCCAUUUCUGCCAGACUGCAUCGUUUGAUACGGAUUUGUCCAUGUCGAGUCAGGCUACGGGGUUUGUGGUAGAUGCGGAGAAAGGGUAUAUUUUGACAAAUCGACAUGUAGUUUGCGCAGGGCCGUUUUGGGGUUAUUGUAUUUUUGAUAAUCAUGAGGAGUGUGAUGUCCGACCUGUUUAUCGAGAUCCUGUUCACGAUUUUGGCAUUUUGAAAUUCGACCCUGCCGCUAUUAAAUACAUGCCUGUCACAGAAUUGAAAUUGUCACCAGACGCGGCAAAAGUUGGUGUCGAAAUAAGAGUCGUAGGGAAUGACGCCGGGGAGAAAUUGAGCAUUCUCUCUGGCGUUAUCAGUCGUCUGGACCGCAAUGCUCCCGAAUACGGAGAAGGCUACAGCGAUUUCAACACAAAUUACAUCCAGGCCGCUGCUGCAGCCAGUGGUGGGAGUUCCGGCAGUCCUGUCGUGAACAUAGAUGGUCAUGCGAUUGCGCUACAGGCCGGUGGCCGGGCAGAUGGCGCAGCUACAGAUUACUUCUUACCUCUCGAUCGCCCACUGAGAGCUCUGGAGUGCAUACGAAAAGGAGUGCCGGUCACGCGUGGCACAAUUCAGACUCAGUGGAUCAUCAAACCCUUUGAUGAGUGUCGUCGUCUUGGACUAUCUCCGGAAUGGGAGGCUGCAGUCCGCAAAGGCUCUCCCAAAGAAACCGGGAUGUUGGUCGCGGAAAUAGUUCUCCCUGAAGGUCCUGGCGACGGCAAGCUGCAGGAAGGGGACGUGUUGAUCAAAGUCAACGGUGAGCUUCUUACGCAAUUUGUAAAGUUGGAUGCGAUUUUGGAUUCGAGUGUGGGUAAGGAUGUUCAUCUUCUUGUGCAACGUGGGGGGGAGGAUCUAGAAGUUUCAUGUACUGUUGGAGACCUUCAUGCAAUCACUCCCGCUCGCUAUGUUACCGUUGCCGGUGCCACGUUCCACGACCUCUCCUAUCAACAGGCCAGGCUUUAUGCGAUCGCCUGCAAGGGGGUGUAUGUCUGUGAAGCUGCUGGUUCGUUUAAACUAGAGAAUACCUUUUCUGGUUGGAUAGUAGAUACGGUGGACAAACGACCCACAAAAAAUCUGGAUGAGUUUAUUGAGGUUAUGAAAACUAUUCCAGAUCGCGCGCGGGUUGCUCUGUCAUAUAGACAUAUUCGAGAUUUGCAUACCAGAGGGACAAGCAUAGUGCACAUAGACCGCCAUUGGCAUCCACAUAUUAGGGAAGCAAUCCGCAAUGAUGAGACUGGAUUAUGGGAUUUCACAAACAUUGCGGACCCACUUCCCGCGGAGCCUCCAGUUCCUCGGAAAGCUGAUUUCAUUCAACUUGACGGUGCCAACCAUCCAGCAGCUGCCGAUAUCGUCCGCAGCUUCGUUCGCGUCUCUUGCACAAUGCCGGUGAAACUCGACGGAUAUCCACAAGCCCGAAAAGCCGGAUUCGGUCUCGUCGUCGAUGCUGAGGCAGGGCUUGUGCUUGUUUCCAGAGCUAUUGUGCCCUUUGAUCUCUGUGAUAUCAAUGUCACCGUAGCGGACUCCAUUAUCGUCAUGGCAAAAGUGAUUUUCCUCCAUCCACUACAGAAUUACACGAUUAUCCAAUAUGACCCUAGUCUUGUACAGGCGCCUGUCAAGACGGCGCGACUUAGUACCAACUACAUCAAGCAAGGUGCCGACACCAUUUUUGUCGGUUUCAAUCAGAAUUUCCGCAUCGUCGUGGCCAAAACGGCGGUUACAGAUAUCACUACCGUUGCCAUACCCCCCAACGCAGCCGCCCCGCGCUACCGUGCCCUCAACCUUGACGCCAUCACUGUAGAUACCGGCUUAAGCAGCCAGUGCUCCAACGGUGUCCUGAUCGGGGAGGACGGCAUCGUCCAAGCACUCUGGUUAAACUACCUAGGCGAGCGGACUGCUAGCUCUCACAAAGACGUAGAAUACCACCUGGGUCUCGCUACCCCUUCCCUCCUCCCCAUCAUCAACCAGAUCGAAAGCGGUUCUUUACCAAAGCUUCGAAUCAUGGAUAUGGAGUCUUACGUGAUCCAAAUGAGCCAGGCGCGCAUUAUGGGAGUGUCAGAAGAAUGGAUCGAGAAGGUUGCCAUCGCUAAUCCCGCUCGCCAUGAGUUAUUCAUGGUGCGGAAAGUCGACUGCGCAUCCCCACUCACGGAGGACACCCACCAACUCGAGGAGGGCGAUAUCAUCCUCACGCUGAACGACAAGCUCAUUACUCGCGUCUCGGAGUUUGAUAUCAUGUACCACCACGAAACCCUCGACGCGCUUAUUGUGCGCAACGGCCAAGAAAUGCGCGUCAAUAUCAAGACUGUUCCAACAGAGGACCUGGAAACUGAUCGUGCGUUGAUAUUCUGCGGUGCUGUGCUGCAGAAGCCGCAUCAUGCAGUUCGGCAACAGAUUUCAAAGUUGCAUAGUGAGGUGUAUGUUAGUGCGAGGAGUCGGGGCUCUCCCGCCUACCAAUACGGCCUCUCACCGACAAACUUCAUCACGGCGGUCAACGGCGUCAAAACGCCAGACCUUGACUCGUUCAUCAAGCAGGUCAACGUCAUCCCCAAUAACACCUAUUUCCGCCUCCGCGCUGUCACGUUCGAUAAUGUUCCGUGGGUCGUAACAAUGAAGAAAAACGACCAUUAUUUCCCCAUGUCUGAGUACAUUAAGGACCCGUCCGCUCCUGAAGGCUGGCGGAGUAUCUCACACGAUAAAGAACUACUUCGCUUAGACUCGGAUAACCUCAACGCAGACGCGAUGGAUGAAGGGCGCGAUGACGGGAUAAGUGAUAUGGAGCCUGAUGGGGAGAAAUAG